CGCGAUAUGAUGUCGAGAACAGGGAUGAAACCAGAGCGUCCUGCACCUUGAAUGGUUUAAACUCAGAGUCAUAUAACGGCGCUAUACUCGUGCUGGUAUAUUCCUGAUGCAUGAAUUCAUAUAUAUUAAACAGGCAGCUAGGGUCUAUUAGUCCCUCAGCCUUCCAUGUUGCUCAGACAUCGCGACUGGCACACCUUCUUGAGCCCGCUCCCGGUAUCCGGUUCAAUAGUCGCCAGCGUACUGUUCUAAGGGCAAACAGCGUUGCCAAUGAUGGGGCAGAACGCGUCAUUCGAGUUCCUACUAUCGAGGAUGUGUCUGCUCAUGUAGCGGGUGUAAAUGUGCUGGCAAUUGAUCAGUAUGACGGACGAUACAUGGUAUCCGGCGGUGCAGACCCAUCGAUUCAUCUUUGGGACCUCGAGAGCAGAGGAGCAGAAUUGGACCAUCUGCACCAGUCCAUUGCUUCUAUGGAUAAAUCCUCCCAUGAAUCUGCACAUACGCAUGCUAUAACAUCCUUGUCGAUUUAUCCGUUUGAUCCAGUUCCGUCGACGAUUUUGACUACUGCGCAUGACAGUACGCUGAAGCUGUCAGCACUGGAGCCGACCGCGAUCACGCCAGUGCAUACAUUUACCUUGCAUGCGACUCCGUACUCUCAUUCAUUUUCUGCUCAUCCGUCAUCAACUCUUCUCAUCGCCGUAGGAACGUCCGAGAAGUCUGUACGGCUCUUGGAUCUCCGCUCUGGCUUGUCUACUCAUGCCUUACCGGGGCAUACCUCCUCGGUUCUGUCUGUGUGCUGGGCGCCUCACGACCCGCAUAUACUAGCCUCCGCAUCAACGGACAACCGAGUGAUAAUCUUCGAUGUCCGUCGUGGCGGACAUAACUCAGCUAUAGCUACUCUUGACAUGGAUGAUGCUGUUGGCGUUGUCGCCCCUAGGUCGGCCCCGUCUUCAUACCAACCCCGACAGCCGUUCUCACGCCAUGCUCGUGCCCACAAUGGCGCAGUGACUGGAGUGCGCUGGACGUCGAAUGGCAGUCACCUGGUGACAACCGGUCAAGAUGCCCGAAUCCGUGUCUGGGAUGCAUACACAGGCGCGAAUACUCUAGUUCAUUUUGGACCGCGGGUCCGCAACAGUGUCUCGUCACAUCUCGCAGAGAGAGCACCACUCAUUCUCCCACAAAGUAUCAUGGGCUCGGGACAGGAAACGCUGCUGUGGCCCAACUUUAACGACCAAGAUGACCGAGGGGAAAUAUUCAUGUUCGGACUACGAGAAGGGAACUUCGUCAAACGGCUCAAAGUCCCUGGUCUUAUUUCAGCUGAGCGCCAUCGACAGCGUGGCGGAUCGAACGCACUGAGCGCUGCUAGGAUCAAUGCUCUCGCCUGGCGCGGGAAUGGAGCAUCAGGAGAGGGUCUCGAAAUGUUUUCUGCACAUGGAGACGGAACGAUCAGAGCCUGGGCAUCAAGGGUACCUGAAGGUGAGCCAGACGAGGAAAAGGAGGAAGCAGAAUUGGAAGAACGCAAGCGAAAGAGAGAUGUUCUUGAUGAAAUCUACCAGGGACUGGUAGCUCCGUCCGUGCGAUUCACAUGAAUUCAAGCCACGUCCUAACCUCGUCGUUAAUAUAAUAUUACCAUAGCUUCAAGAUAAACUACGUCAAAUUCUACAUCGGAGCCAAAGAAGCCAAAAGAGAUCAGUCGUCAAUCAAUAUCUCGUUG